UUUAAUUCAAAGUAAAAAAAAUUAAUUAUUUAAUUCUUUAUUCUGCGUCGAAAAGAUAAAAGAAAACUAUUUAAACAUGUCAACAUAUUUAAAAUCCGAAUACGAGAAAGAGGAUUGGAGAGAGUCCACUAUAUCACGAAAAUAUCCAUCUUAUCGAAGAAAAUUAAUUAAAACCAAUCAGAGUUGGUUAAAAUACAAACAAAUUGAUGAUGAUGCUGAAGGCCUUUGGCGUAUUCACGAUAAACUCUACGAUUUUUCAUCUUUUAUAAAACAUCAUCCAGGUGGUGCUUUUUGGUUGGAACAGACAAAGGGCACUGAUAUUACGGAAGCAUUCGAAGCUCAUCAUAUCACGGCUGCAGCAAGUAAUUUGUUACCUGCAUACGAAGUACGCAAAGCGGCAAGCCCUAGAAAUUACGUAUUUACAUUUCACGAUGAUGGCUUCUAUCGCACCCUUAAGCGUAAAGUAGCUCUUGCACUCAAGGAUCUGGACUAUCGCCCGAAGAGAAAAUCUAAUCUGAUACAUAUAUUUCUACUAUUUACUACAUUGGGCUCAUGCCUGACAGCACCUUUGCUGCAAAGAUUUUCGAGCAAAAUUUUAAUGGAACUGAUAGCGGCUGCAUCGCUUUGUUCACUGGGUAUAGCGGCCCAUAAUUAUUUUCAUCGCAAGGACAAUUGGCAAAUGUAUACAUUUAACUUAACUUUAUUAAAUUUCGCCGAAUGGCGUAUAUCUCAUGCUAUGUCGCAUCAUAUCUAUACGAAUUCUAUGCAAGAUCUGGAAAUGUCACUGUUCGAGCCAUUUCUUUGUUGGGUACCUAGCGAACGUUAUGCUUCCAAACGACAACGCAUUUUAUCCCUUCUAAUACAACCCAUAUUUUAUGUCUUUGUAUAUCCUUAUCAGUUGAUCGAAAGAGCAAUGCAUUCGCUGUUCAGUAAAAACCGAUUGCAUUGGCAUGAUGUAAUCGGUUUGAGUUUACCAGCAUUAAUGCUAAUGGUCUCAAAGGGACCAUUUUGGUCGGUGUUGAUACAAUGGUGGCGCAUUAUACAUUUUAGUAGCUUUCUGUUCACUUUAAUUGGCGUGAAUGCGGGCCAUCACUGCACUACCGCAUACCAUGAAGGGGAUGCGAACCGUAAAGAUCUUGAUUGGGGUCUUUAUCAAUUGGACGCUUGCAUAGAUCGCAACGAAAUCAAAGGCAGCCAUUUUAUGGUACUUAUCAGUUUUGGAGAACAUAUUUUGCAUCAUCUAUUCCCCACUUUAGACCAUGGCAUACUUCCACAAUUGUAUCCUUUACUAUUUGAAACGCUAAAGCAAUUUGAGGAGGAAUUGAGAGAAUUUUCAUUCCCAAAACAAAUCAUUGAGCAAAAUCGACAACUUUUACGUACAAAACCGAACCUUAGAAUAUCUGGUGGAAAAGUAAAAUAAUAUAUAAAUGUAUAUAUACAUCCUAUU